AUGCCCCAUCUGAACGGCAACGGCAACGGCACUCAGGCUCCCGCUGCCGCCACGAGCCACUUGCCGUCCGAGCCUGAGUUUGAACAAGCCUAUAAAGAGCUCGCCAGCACCCUCGAGGACAGCACCCUCUUCCGCGAGCACCCCGAGUACCGCACAGCCUUGGCCGUUGCCGCCGUCCCAGAGCGUGUGAUUCAGUUCCGUGUUGUGUGGGAGGAUGACAAUGGCCAGUUGCAGGUGAACCGGGGCUUCAGAGUGCAGUUCAACUCGGCUCUGGGUCCAUACAAGGGUGGCUUGCGAUUUCACCCUACUGUCAACCUGUCCAUCCUCAAGUUCCUUGGUUUUGAGCAGAUUUUCAAGAAUGCCCUCACUGGAUUGAGCAUGGGCGGUGGCAAAGGCGGUGCCGACUUCGACCCCAAGGGCAAGUCUGAUGGCGAAAUCCGUCGCUUCUGCCAGGCCUUCAUGCGCGAGCUGUCCAAGCACAUUGGCGCGGAUACCGACGUGCCCGCCGGUGAUAUUGGCGUUUCCGGCCGAGAGAUUGGCUACAUGUACGGCGCGUAUCGACAGGCCAGAAACCGCUGGGAGGGUGUGUUGACUGGAAAGGGAUUGAGCUGGGGUGGCUCUCUUAUCCGACCCGAGGCCACUGGUUACGGUCUCAUCUACUAUGUGGAACACAUGCUCGAGUACGCCGGUCGUGGUACUUUUGCCGGCAAGAAGGUGGCCAUCUCUGGCUCCGGCAACGUCGCCCAAUACGCCGCUCUCAAGUGCAUUGAACUCGGCGCCACUGUCGUCUCGCUCUCCGACUCCAAGGGCUCGCUUGUCGCCACCGCCGACAAGCCCUUCACGGCGGAACACGUUGAUCAGAUUGCCGGCCUCAAGGUCCAGCGACGCGCUCUGUCCGACUUUGACCACGCCGGCCGAUACAAGUACAUUGACGGCGCUCGUCCGUGGACGCACGUGGGCGCCGUGGACGUUGCACUGCCCUGCGCGACCCAGAACGAGGUCAGCAAGGACGAGGCCGAGUCUCUCAUUGCCAGCGGAGUCGUCGCCGUUGCCGAGGGCUCCAACAUGGGCUGCACCCAGGAGGCAAUUGACUUGUUUGAGGCUGAGCGACGCAAGAAGGGCGGCGAGGCCAUUUGGUAUGCGCCCGGCAAGGCUGCCAACUGCGGCGGCGUUGCCGUCUCUGGACUGGAGAUGGCCCAGAACUCUCAGCGUCUCACCUGGACCGCCAAGGAGGUCGACGACAAGCUCAAGAGCAUCAUGAAGAACGCCUUCACCAACGGCCUCGAGACGGCAAAGAAGUACGUCGAGGCCAAGGACGGCGAGCUGCCUUCUCUCGUGGCCGGCAGCAACAUUGCUGGAUUUGUCAAGGUUGCACAGGCUAUGCACGACCAGGGUGACUGGUGGGCCUAA